AUGAUCUACGCCAUCGGGAUCUUUUUCCGCUUCCUCACGCGGCUCGACGGACUGAGCGCGGCCGUGCGCCAGCGGCUCCGCCGCUCCGACGUGCUGCUGCAGUGGGCCGACCAGGGCAUUGACGCGCUGAACUGCCUGUAUGGCCACGCUGGUUCACCUCCUUCGGCGCCCGCGAACCUGGGGCAGCAGACGAGCCUGAACUUUCUGGAGGACUGCUACCUAGGCAUGGGCGCGAUGCCGAGCGAGCCAGGUUUUUGUGAAGAAGCCCUCCGCGAGCUUCUCAGUGGCUCCACCGUCUACUCUGAGGAUGGUGGCGCACGGGUCCCGUACUCUAAGGAGCUGGUCUCCUGGCCUGAGGUGGGUUCCAGCCCCGUCGAUCUUGUGGGCUGCCUCACUCAGGAUGAUGCUGAUUGGGCACGGGAUUGGCGACAUAACUUGCUCAAGACGCCCGACGAGGCGCUGCUCGGGCACAUGAUUGGUGUAUUUGUUGCGAGGAAGAAGUCCGGCAAGCUUCGCAUAGUGUUCGACACGAGGUAUGCCGACGCCUACUUCCACCCGGCGCCCGCGACGCGGCUGCCCACGGCGGCCGCGGUGUCUUCAGUGGAGUCGGGCGGCUUGCCCCUGUGCGUGGCGGCCGGCGACCUCGACAAUGCCUUCUACCGUCUCAGGCCCAUGCCGGGCUUAGAGGACUACUUCGCGCUGCCCCCGCUCUCCUCGUCCCUCGCGGGCAUCGCGGAGUUGGAGGGGUUCAUUGAGGUGCCCAAGGAGUUCUUCGACGGGGCUGGUUCACAGGGCCUUGCCGACGCGCUGCUGCCGCCCAGCCUGGCUGCUCUCGUGCGGGGCCCUCCGUGGCUGACGGGCCGACACCUGCAGGAGCCGGGCUCGAUGGCGGGUGCCUCGGCCUCUCGCCGCCAGGCGGAUCGCCACCGCAGAGCUGCGGCGGCUCGCCAGGUGGCGUCCGAGCGGGGGCCCUCGGGCGGCCUCUCGGUGCUGGAGCGCGCGGCGGUCAGGCCGGGCACGGAGCGCCUGUACCAGGUGUACCUCCGGGCCUUCCUGCAGUUCUGCCUGGUCAUGGCCAUCGACUGGACGAGCGAGGCCGAGAUGGACGUCGCCCUGGUCACGUACCUGAAUUCGAUGUACUUCGAGGGCCGCGCCCCGAACGAGGGCUCCGCGCUGCUGGCGUCGCUGGCGCACUACACGCCGGCGCUGUACAAGAGGACGGCGCAGGCCUUGCCAAGGGCGACGCGUUGUCUGGCGGGCUGGCGCCGGCGCGUCCCGACCAGGAUGCGCCUGCCGCUGCCUCGCCGGGCCGCCUUCGCCAUCGCCGGGACGCUGGCUGCCUGGGGCCACCCGCGCAUGGGGCUCUUCGUGAUGCUGUCGUUCGCGGCGUAUCUCCGCCCGCAGGAGGCCAUCCGCCUGGCCGGGCGCCACCUCGUGCCGCCGGUGGCCCACCUGGGACAGGCCCCCACUCCGUGGGGGCUGCUGCUGCACGACUCCGACUUGCAGCUGCCCGGGAAGACCAACCUCUGGGACGAGAGCGUGCUGCUGGACCAGGCGCCGUGGCUCGAGCCAGCCCUGGAGGCGCUGAGGACUGUCGCGGGCGACGGCCCCCUGUGGGACUUCCUGCCUACGUCGAUUGCUCGGCUCUUCGAGGAUGCGUGCCACGCCCUGGGCCUGAUGCACUUGCAGCCGCAUCUGUAUUCCCUCCGUCACGGGGGCGCCAGCGAGGACCUGCUGUCUGGCGCCAGGACGCCGGAGCAGGUCAUGCGGCGGGGUCGCUGGGCCACAGUUGCCUCGCUCCGCCGCUACGGCAAGGAGACUCGCCUCCUCCGGGAGGCCGCCAAGGUGGACCCCGACGUGCUGCUGUUCGGCGAGAUCGUGGAGCGCAACUUCCUGGAUGUGCUGCGGGGCGGCCCCUUGCUGCCGCCGGCGUGGGCCGAGCUGCCUGCCAGCGUUGGCCGCGCUGGCGCCAGCAAGUGGAGGAGCUGCCUGUUUCUGGAGCUGUUCGCAGGGCAGGGUCGCAUCUCCCAGCGCAUCCGCGACCUUGGCUACGGCUGCCUGGACCUGGACCUCGUCCACGGGGCCUGUGAGGAUCACCUCCGCACCACGUUCGAGUCGGUUGUGCGCGGGUGGCUUCUGAGCAAAGCCAGUGUAGGUUUGUGGCUGGGCACUCCCUGUACGUCCUGGUCGCAGGCUCUCAGAGACCCUCUGCGCUCCAGUCGCUUCCCCAUGGGGAAACCAGGUCUGUCAGGACCUCGGCUGGACCGCCUCCGCGUAGGCAAUCGCUCGUUCCACUUGUCUUGCCGGCUCAUCCGGCUCUGCAUCCAGAUUGGCUGCCCUGUCUUUUUGGAGAACCCUCGCGGGUCGCUGCUCUGGCACGCCCCCGAGAUGGUGAAGCUUCUUUCAGACUCAUCGUGCGCCAUUCACAAGAUGGACAUGUGCCGAUUUGGCACACCCUUUAAGAAGCCGACUACAGUGGCCUGCUGGAAUGCAGGCGUCUUCCCCAGCUUAUGUAAAUCGUGCUCUGGCAAGGGAGGCAUUUGCUCGUCGACUGGCCUGCCCCACCUCAUCCUCCAAGGCCGAGACAAAGGUGCGCCUGCCCGCCGCACCGAGCUGGCCGCGGCUUACUCGCCUCAGUUCGCCCGCUCGGCCGCCCUUGCCAUGACGCACUCUGCCAACGACUGGCUCGCCAUGAGCUGCGAAGACCUCGUGGCCCAGCUGCGGGGUGACCUGGAGAUCUUCGGGAAAAUGGUCAAGGAUCCAGAGAUCGAGAUCGGAGGCAGUCGGCAGGUGGUGGUGGAAUACGAGACCCCUGAUGUUGCCGCGCAGACCGUGCAAGCCAUGAACAACGAGGGUUUGUUUCAGAUGAAGUUGAAGCAUGCCGCUGGGAGGCGGCCAGAAGACCCGCCAGUGGACGCACGAGGACAAGAACAGAGCUAG